GAUUUUGUGAGGGAUUCCAGCUGCAUGCCAGCAGGUCAAUCAAGGGCAAUUCCGUCGAAUCCAACGAGUGCUUUUCAUUAGAUCGCCAUGCUCUCCUUCGCGUUCUCGAUAUCAACGAGGCUUCCGAUUUUACGAACAGGUCGCCUUCCUUUUCGUAGUAUCACUCUCCUUAGAAGGCCACAAAAGCAUACCGUUACACGUGUAACAUCGCAGCAGAACGAUAGAAUACGGCUGCAGAGUCAACUAGGGCAGGGGAAUCCCAUUCCGCGUCCAUGGCCCAGGGAACAUCGACAGCAGCAAGCGCAGCAACAUCGGUCACAGUCACAGAAUCAUCUCACCUUCCCUAGCACACCCCAGGAUCAGCAACGGCAGCAGCAGCUGUUCCUACAGCCACUGCUGCCGUUUCUUGUAGCACCUUCUAGGCUACCUACAGUUCAAGUUCGUGCAGCUUCGCAGCUUGUUGUAGCCGCUGCAGGGAGGCUCGGGCAGCCCAAGAAAAAGAAAAAAGGCAAGGUGGUGUUCGUGUGCAAUGAGUGCGGAAACGAUCACCCGCAGUGGUGGGGCCAAUGCAACGCUUGUGGCGCGAUGGGCAGCUUGAAAAGGUUCACAGAGACCGACGAUGAGCCGGGGUCCGGAAGUGGAGGUGGGGGAGCUGCAAUCCGGGCAUUUCAAAGAUCCCGGGAAAAAACCAGCAGCCAGGGGAAAAGCGAUGAUUUGAACAGGGGAAGAGCAGAGGAGGCGAGGAGCAGUGGUAGGAGUGGGGUGAAGAGCCCUGGUGGCAGUAGCAGUACCGGUUCUCGGCAGUCCUCUGUUGCUGUUGGUGUUAAUUCACAUGGGGUGGAUGGCACAGCAGAGCAGGAGGAGGAAGAGGAGGAUGGGGAGGACGGGGGGGAUUCGGAGGAUGAUGUUGAACAGUACAGCACGGGCGGGAGGUCAAGGAAAAGUAACUUUGGCGGCUGGGUUGAUAGCAAUAGUUAUGGCAGGUUUGGGAAUGCGGGUAGAGGCAGCGGCAGUAGCAGCCUGCGCAGGGCACGGGCACGGCCGCUGAAUGAUGUCAUCGAAUCAGCUGGCGACAGCUGGAAAUUCCUUAUAAAGGGGCCGGAGGGAGAGGAGAUAUGCAGGGUGCUGGGCGGCGGGGUUGUGAUGGCAAGGGGCAGGAGGGAGAGGAGAUAUGCAGGGUGCUGGGCGGCAGGGUUGUGAUGGGUUCCCUGGUGCUUGUGUCUGGCAGUCCAGGUGCUGGGAAGAGCACACUCCUGCUUCAGCUGGCAGGUCUGUUGGCCGAGGAGGCAAGAGGCACGCGAAGUGAAGGAUCGCCGCCUGCUGUUCUUUAUGUGUCCGGGGAAGAGCGCGAGGAGCAGCUGGCCAGCAGGGCCAAGCGGCUGGGCAUUGCUGCUGACAACCUCUUCCUCUUUGCGGAGAACAACCUCGAGAGCAUCCUGGAGGAGAUAGCAGACCUUGAGCCACGGGGCGUGAUUGUGGACUCCAUACAGACCAUGUUCCUGCCAGGUGUCAACAGCACAUUGGGCAGCGUCAGCCAGGUGCGGGAGUGCACGCAAGUACUGCUGCUUGAAGCCAAGAACCGUGGCAUACCCAUCUUCAUUGUGGGCCAUGUGACUAAAGCGGGGGAUGUGGCAGGCCCCAGGGAUCUGAAGCACAUAGUGGAUGUGGUUAUGCACGUGGAGAGCGAUGGACAGCACAGCCACCGCAUCCUGAGCACCAGCAAGAACAGAUUCGGCUCCACUGAUGAGGUGGGCAUGUUCGACAUGGCGCAGCGGGGCAUGGUGGCCAUACCCAAUCCGAGCCUGGCGUUUCUCCCAUCAAGCCGCAUAAGAGGGAGUGCAGCGGUGGCGGUGGUGAUGCAUGGGACGAGACCGCUGCUGCUGGAAGUGCAGGCGCUGUGCGUGAAAGCCAUCCCCAACGUCCCCCCCACCAAGAUCGCCAAUGGAGUUGACUUGUAUCGCCUCACUAUCCUCACCAAAGUCAUGCGCCAUAUCGGCCUCUCCCUGGCCUAUCGGGACAUUCUGGUGAAUGUGGUGGGCGGCAUGCAGGUGAAGGAGCCUGCAGCCGACCUGGCCAUAGCAGUUGCCAUCGCCAGCAGCCUGUACGAGUGCCCAGUGCCGGCAGACGCGGCGUUCAUUGGGGAGAUCGGACUCCAGGGGGAGCUGCGAGGGGUGUCUCAGCUGGAUCGGCGGGUGAACGAGGUGGCAAAGCUGGGCUUUUCUCGCUGCAUUGUCCCCGCUAGUCAGUGGAAAGGGCAAGAAGCGCCCAGUGGGUGUGAGGUGGUGAAAUGCAAGGGAUUACGCGAUGUGUUGAUGGCCGUAGGAAUUCAAAGCACUGGGUAUGGAGGCAAAAGGAAGGGUAAGGAGGAAAUCGAAUAUGACGAAGAUGAGAAUUAGUGAAUGCAUCGCGAAGCUUGGUUUUUUUGCAUUGCUUUGUCCUCACUCGCUAAGCAGUGGAAAGGGAAAGCAGAGCCGAGCGGGUGAGGUGUUCAAUUGUGAAGAGCUGAGACAUGCAUUGAAUUCUGUAGGAUUUCCAAGCAAGGGCUACGGAGGCAGAAGGAAGGGUAAGGAAGUUGAGAAGGAUGGUUUGUUGUGAUUUCUUUAUGUUAUUGGAUCGUCUUUGUGCUAACUAGGUGAA